AUGCAAAAGUAUGACAAAGGUAGGUUCAAAAUGCUUUUCUACUUGCAAGAUGACAAUACUUUUUUGCAAUCUAAUAAUUUCUCUACACCGUGCAUUCAAGCCUGAGGGCGCUAACCCUUUGAUGAUGUUUCUUUUGCUUUUUUUCUUGGCCACGGCUGUCCUCAUUUCGUUUUUCUGAUUGAUUGAAUUGUCUAGUUAAAGUCCUCAAAGGUCUUAUUGCCUGAGGCGAUCAAUCAGCAAGAGUGCAGAUUUAUAUUCUCCACGUUAUUUGAGGGGGUUAUCCAAGGAACAGAGGUACUAUUUUUAUCGUUUUGUUUGGGAUAAAUAUAGAAAGUUUUUAUAUCGAGUUUUGCAAGCUUUGUAAGUAGCUUGAAAAUUUUGAUUUUGAUUACCUCCCAAAUUAGAUCAUGAAUUAAAAUUCGAGGUAUUUAAUAAGAAUUCAAAAAGCGCCUUUUGUAAAAUUCAAAUCCUUACCCUUUGGCUCGUGCUCUGAAUCAUUGAUUUUGAGAUUACUGAGCCAAGAUCAUAACCUGCACUUCUAUCCCUUGACCCCUUAAGCCGAUUACCGUAACGGACGUCAUGUCGCGGCAGCAUUAUUUUGCACACGUGAAUCGAAAUUUUGUUUGAAAAGGAGAAACAGGUGGCCUCAUCUUUUUUUUGUUUAAGAAACGGAUUCCCUUUGAAUCCCAUUUAAAAGGGCCUGGCCUACAGACUACAUGUGCAAGUUUUGAUCGGUUGAGGGAAGGGGGAUUAAAGCAAAACUCAGCCAGAAUAAGGCCAGCGGUGUUACGAAAGGCAGGAUAUUGCCAAUUUUCUAAAUGGCUCAGGGCAUUGCAUAUGUAUAUACGCUGAGCGUUUUACAGACACUUUUCUUUGUUCGCAGUCAUCUUUUAUUGCUAAUUCAGAACUUGCAGCUUUUUUUGGCCCAAUCUCACCCACAUUUUUCCAUAAAUCCCUCAGUUUGGUACCGUCAUUUUCGUGGCAUUCCACCGCUAAUGAGAAAAUUUGGAGCCCUCAGGGCAAAUAAUAAAAGCAGAUCAUUAUGCGCCCUUGUAUUCAUUUUUUUUAUAAGAUAGAUUUAGAGUAGGUUUAAAGUCGGAUUAGAAAUAAUUCCUGGAGUGCAUGGGGUAGUGCAUUCCUAGUGCCCUGAGGCACAAAUGUGCGCAUUUCCAUUCAUUUUGGCUUCCCUUUCUCUCGCAACAUUCCUUUUUUAAAUUUAGCUCCAUUUUCCUCAAAUUUAAUGCCCUUCGUUUUUGAGAGUUCUCGAAGGAAUGGAUUGUUCGGUGCUUGGCCAUUCUUUGGGGCAAGAAUUUUUGUUUAAUUUUUUCUGACCCAAAGACGAGACGGAGUCCGGUUCCAGGCAUUCUCUGCGUAUUCGGAUUUGACUCUUAAAUUUAUAGCGGAUCUCCAAAAAAUAUUUCUCCUUUUUUCUAGUCGCGACAAAAAAAGUCCUUGGAAUUUUUUGCGACUCUGCACAGUGCAAGAACCCGAAAAGUCAUUUUGCACCGUGCAUCCAACCAAAAAGUGCAUUUGCACAAUCAAUUUUCAGUGUGUGACGGAAUUUGGGGGCCGCGAAAAAAAUGACUUUUAGUUGCGAGUAGUACCACUCAUACAAAAUAUACUAUUGGAAUUGUUCUCUACUAGGGUUGUUAUUAUUUGUUUUUUAAAAUGACGUCAAAUUGCAGUCAUUUUGGCUCAAUUGAAAAUUCUUAUAUGCGAAGCUUUCACCCGCGAGUCUAACAUAGUCGCGGUAAAAGUCCUUACAAGGGAAUGGUUUGAACUGUCUGUGAGCUUUCAACAUGAGACCUCCAAAUUCUGAAAGAGCGUACAAAAUUUAGUAGGAAUCCGCUUUCCAUUUUUGCCGAAUGGUCUUGGGAGACGAGAAAUAUCGACAGAAAGAUCCGACAAAAAAAUCUAGAGAGAAAAGACGAACCGAAAGGCCCAGUGAAGCGUCACCAAAUAGUAUAGUGGAAAAAGUUCCACGCACGAAACUUUUGGCAGAGGGAGGCCUUGGAGGUUCGAGUCCACCCGGAGCGGAUAUCGUCGGCUUGGAUCUACGUGUCGAAAGUGUAUUCGACAGCUAUGUAAAGAUUCUUUUUUCAUUUAUUCGAGUGUUUUACAGAUUUUUUUUCGAAAUUUCAAGAAGACUUGACAACUUGGCUGCAUUUUCGAUGAUGCCAGAUGUCGACAUACUGGUGUUUGCAAGACAUUUAUACUCGGUUCUGAAAGGUUGUAUGGGUCUUGCGGAAUUUUUCGAGUUUCCAGGGAAAAUCUUGCCAAAUUUUCUCCUUUCCUUAAAGCUUUGCAAGAAAAGUUCAAAAGAAAUUUUUUGGGUCAUUGCGUCAGCGUGUGGUCCAACAAGGCAUAUUUACGAAAAAAAUCGAUUUUGAGUUUUUUAGUUUAAAAUGGCCGUGGACAUGUGUUUAACAAACGCCCAAAAUAUUUUUCCCAAAUUCUUCCUUGAAGGUAUAAAUUUUCAUAAAUUCGUCUUUUUUGGAAUUUUGUGUCUGACGGCAUCAUAGAAAGGGAUAAUGAGCCAAAAUUUUGCGUAUGUAUCUUUAUGGCCAUUGCGUACUCAAUUUUUUGAAAGUUAACUUUCACAGAUUACUGUAACGUAAGCAUGUUGUAACCUGGUCGAUAAAAAACGGCCGGAACUCUUCUCCCAAGGCCAUUCGGUCGAUAGAAAAAGCAUAAUUUUGCAACAAGAAUUGUAAAACACUCGAAUAAAUGAAAAAAAGGAUCUUUACAUAGCUCUCGAAUACACUAAGGACACGUAGAUAUCCAAGCCGGCGGUAUCCGCUCCGGGUGGACUCGAACCUCCAAGGCCUCCCUCUGCCAAAAGUUUCGUGCGUGGAACUUUUUCCACUAUACUAUUUGGUGACGCUUCACUGGGCCUUUCGGUUCGUCUCUUCUCUCUCUCUCGAUUUUUUGUCGGAUCUUUCUGUCGAUAUUUCUCGUCUCCCAAGACCAUUCGGCAAAAAUGGAAAGCGGAUUCCUACUAAAUUUUGUACGCUCUUUCAGAAUUUGGAGGUCUCAUGUUGAAAGCUCACGGACAGUUCAAACCAUUCCCUUGUUAGAAUUUUCGUCGACUCUGCACUGUGCAUGAACCCGAAAACACAUUUUGAACCGUGCAUCCGUCCCAUAAAGUGCUUUGGCACAGUGCAAUUUUGUUGUUUUUGCCUUAUUGUCGCGCGCGAUUCCCAUUUUUCUCACGAUCAGCGACAAAUCGACUUUUUGGGAUGCGACGGGAUUUGGGAGCCGCGAAAAAUUCCAAGGACUUUUUGCCGCGACCAACCAAAAUGACAAAUUCAAUUUGACAUGACGAAAAUUACAUCAAUUUGGCAACGUGACUGAAGCGUCAAGUUGACGACUUGACAACCCUAUUCCUUAGAUUUGAAUAAUCGAGUAUCAAGAUCUUUCCCUAAACCACUCACUUCUCAAAACUGUUCUUCAGAAAUAUAUUUAUAAUGUUCGCUCUUUUGUGACGUCAUCGUUUGAUGUCACGUGCCAAGUCUGUUUCGUCAUUUCCUGGGGCUUUUCCGAAAGGAUAGGGCGUUCUCUCGCCUGAUGGCUCAGUCUUCAGUCGUCUGGAGAUUAAGGACGUUGUAAACAGGGUCUUUGGGUGCAUGAAGAUGGAGGGGAAAUGUUUUUUACACCCUAAUAUGCAUAACGGGAGAAGGGGCGUUGCUGCCAAGAUAUCCCUUAUACUGCAUCCAUCUUUUAAUGGCAAAUUAUUAGGAGUGUUCCCAGUAUUUUUACUCGAGUCUCUACUUCAAUAUUUCUAUGAAUUUCAAUGGCUUUCAUCGAAUCUUAUCCGAUUUCAGUCCUCGGAAUGAAUCCGAGCCGUCUGGGUUUGCCUGAGGCGCCCUCAAGCUCCACGUUGGCUGGGAAUGUGAGCUCCACUCAGAACAUCAUUGAACAUGAUCAACUGGGCGCCGAGGUGUAUUCGACUCGGGUUGAGGGAUGGAGGAAAGUGGUGCUGCUGUUGAAGAAUCUUAAGAAUCCCCUUGUCAUCGUGUUGGCCCCAUUCCUACUAUCGACUUUGCUACAGUAUCAUCGAAGGGUAAUACACACCUACAAUCAGUAAUACACAUCCCAUUUAAGGACUACGAUUGUGCAUUUGUGGUCGCGUUAAUGGCGAUUUAUUGGGUGGCGGAGGUGAUGCCUCUCCCGAUUACGGCUCUGAUGCCCUUGUUCAUGUUCCCUUUGAUUGGCAUCCUCCCGGCCAAAGCAGUGGCCAAGGAAUAUCUAAAUGACACCAACUUUUUAUUCAUCGGAGGCCUCGUCAUGGCUGUCGCUGUGGAGAAAUGCCAUCUUCACGAGCGAAUGGCUCUAUCAGUCUUAACAAUGGUCGGUUCGAAACCUCAGUGGAUUAUGUUGGGAUUUAUGGUGGCCACGGCCGCUCUGAGUAUGUUCAUCAGUAAUACCGCGACUACAGCCAUGAUGGUCCCAAUUGGACAGUCUGUAAUCGAACAGUUACUGCAUUCGAAGAGGCUGCACGGAAUGAGCGAAACCUCCAAAACUGAACUCUUGGGAGGGAACUUUGAGCAUAAACCAUCAAAAGCGGAGAGUCUUAUGUCCAAGGGUCUUAUCAUCAGCAUCUGCUUCGCAGCUAAUAUUGGGGGUACUGGGACUGUAACUGGAACCCCGCCUAAUCUGGUUGUCAUCGGAAUGCUUUCCACGUAAGUUACAAUCGGUUUGAAAACAGUCCAGAUACUUUAUGUACUUACAAUUAGUACCUAGAGAAAAUUUAAGUCAUCGUAUCUUCAUUUUCAGAUUGUUCCAAGAGGCCGAUACCGGAGUCCAUUAUCUCUCCUGGAUCGCCUUUGCUUUUCCUUUAAUGAUUUUAUGUCUCUUGGCUUGUUGGUCAGUCCUUGUUCUGCUGUUUAUGAGAGAUGCCCCUCCAGCUGAUCCUGGAGUCAUUCAUCUGAUAAAGAAAAAAUACGAGGACCUGCCGCCCAUGAGUUUCGCUGAGAAGUCUGUGGGCGCUUCCUUCCUUGUCCUCUUGGUCCUUUGGAUUGGCCGAGAUCCUCAUGUUGUACCUGGAUUUGGAUCCUAUUUCCCGAAAGGAUACUUUACUGACGCGACAAGUGCAAUGUUAGUGGCUGUGUUGUUGUUCAUCCUGCCUUCCGAUAUCCCAACAUUAAGUUCGUUGACUUCGUUGCCGCCUGAGGGAAAGAAAAAGAAAUCAGAUCGGCUAAUGGAUUGGACGACUAUGCAUUCGAAGUUCCCCUGGAGUGUGGUCUUGCUGUUAGGCGGAGGAUUCGCCUUGGCGGCGGGAGUAAAAGAGUCAGGUAGUAUAUUCUACUUCAUAUUACCUAUCACCUAUACUAUCUUUUGAUCAUGUAAAUAUUCAUUUCAGGGCUUUCCCAUGGAAUCGGACUGCUAGUUUCAAAAUUGGCCGGACUUCCCCCGGUUGCUCUUCAACUCAUAUCUUUGGUGGUCACCAUGUUGGUUACAAACAUCUGCUCAAAUACUGUAGCCGCGAGCAUUUUCCUUCCGAUUGCCGCGAACUUAGUAAGUUAUAUUUUAAAAAACAAGUAAAAAUCCAACACUUCAGGCUCAACAAACCGAACUCAAUCCUCUAUCUCUGAUGCUUCCCACAACUCUGGCAGCCUCUUAUGCCUUCGUAUUGCCAGUCGGAACACCACCAAAUGCGAUCGUAUUCGCCAGCGGCUAUUUGAAAGUCACUGAUAUGGCAAGUCUUCAAUUUUUCUCUGACCGCUAAUACAACGUCAACGCUAAAAACUUAAAAUUUGAAAAUUCCAGAUAAUUUCCGGAACCUUUGUCUCAAUUGCAUGUACACUCAUUGUAGUCGGAUACAUGAACACUCUAGCCAUGCUGGUAUUCCCUCUAAACGAAUUCCCAGCAUGGGCUGCUAUGAACGAGACGAUGACGUCAUAG